CUCUCCAAGACAUAAUUAGCCACGCAGUCACUGCUUAGGCUGAGAAUGCAGCUGCGAAACAGCGUAGAACGGAAGAUCGAUCGAUCAUGCACCAUGUAUCAUGGACGUUGACAAGUGAUACACAUCAUCACAGUUCCUAGUGAAACCAGGGGUUUUCCCUUUCUGGCAUGCCCCGCCGGGCUACCGCCCUUGACCACCACCAUGUCUGCCAAUGCUCAGCUCUAUGGAUUCCCUCCAGGAUACUUCGUGAUUCGUAACCUUGCGAAUGGUAGGUUGUGGGAUGUCGGUGGAGAUGAUGUAGAAGACGGCGUCGAGAUUUUACUCUGGCCAGAGAAAGAGAAGUCUUUAGUCGAAACCUUGAGAAAUCCGGAUGCUAAUAAUCAGGUAUUCUUCAUUGAUACGUCGGGCGCUCUUUGCUCGAGAUCAUCAGGACAUGCGAUCGAUAUCGAAGGGGACUGUUUGGUACUUCGGCAUCGCCGACCCAUCUCCCAGCCAUAUCCAAAUGAAUACUCGCAUCCUCUACCACGUUUCUCCUACUCCCGAGAGACUCACCAUAUCACUGCAUCUUUCCAGUGUGAUCCUACAUACCCCCCGCCAGCCGCGCAAACUUCCACCGCAUGGAUGCGAAAGACAUACGUCCUGUCAGCAAUUCCGAUGCCCAAACCAAAGUCACUGUUGGACAACGCAUCGUAUUUCCUAAGUUCCGCUGUCACAACCCCAAUUUCGUUUUUCUCCGGUGGCACAGCACAGCGGAAGGCAACUCCUGAGGAUGUUUUCAGUGGUGAUAUAGACCUCACCGAGGACGAAACUCUAGAACAGGAUCGAGGCGUAGAAGGCGAAGCAGAUGACUCCUCCGAGCUCCUCAGAAGACUUAGAGUUUUGACGAUCGGUCAGCGGGAUGCUCCUGCAGAGGGCGACAAUGCUAGAAAACGCCGUCAAUGGCAAAUUUUGCCCUUGCGUACGUCAGCCGCUCAUCGGAGCCGUUGAAGUGACUGGAAUCGAUAUUCGUAUGGUGCUUGUCUUCCAUUUGGUUUGGGCGUACAUACUUCCUGGGAAACUGUGUCGUGAAACUUAACUUUGUGAAUCACGUGCAUCCUUCACGGGACCCGCAUCCUCUAAUUUUGCGCGUAAAUUCCAACUUCAUUCAGCUGAACGUUGACCUUG